AUGUCCUCGAGAAAACUCAUCACUUGUUGUUCAAGAACAACAUCUAACAAAUCAUCUAGCCGCGAGUUAUCAUCACUGAAGAACGGAGGACUACUAGUAGAAAAACUGAUUCGUGUUUCCAACGGUAGCAAUCCGUUUUGUAUAUUCAUAGAACAAGAACUGAAGCAAGCAACCAAAAACUACCAUCAAGAUCUUGUCUGUCUAGUCGACGACAACUAUAAAUUGUUUCAAGGAGUUCUUGAGAACAGAGGAGCCGUGCUGAUCAAGAAAACGAAUGAACACGAAGAGCUCGUGGAGUAUUGCAUAAGGGAAAUCGCUAUUGCUGCAUACGUACCGAUUAUUGUCUUUGAAUACGUUAGUGGGAACCUAUCUGAUUACUUGCACAAUAAGAAAGAGCUUAUCCCAUGGAGACAGAGGAUUCGUAUUGCUGCUCAAUUAGUCGAUCUCAGACUGUCUCUAGAAGUUCCAGAAGGUGAGACCUCUGUAGAAGCACUUCUUGAAGGAACAAUAGGGUUUCUAGCUCUAGAAAAAGUUGUCACAGAAAGAUUCAACGAGAAGACGGAUGUUUUCGCCUUUGCAUCUGAUCAUCUGACUAACCAUGACACUACCACUCCAGUUGUAGAGUCGUCUCUCGCAUCUGUCUCUUCUUUGCCCAAACGAAGAGAUCUUUUGAUGUUCUUGAAGGCCAUUCUGAUAAAGGACGGGAUGGAUAAUGCUUUAGAGGCAAGUGCGGAGCUCGCUGCUAGCUGUGUGGAGAUAUUGCCAGAGAAGAGGCCAACGUUUGAAGAAGUAGCUAAGAAGCUAAAAGAUAUUCAGAACAUGUGA